UACAAAAGACGCACGGCUCAUCCGCUCGCCUCCCAAUUGACGUCAGUCCGGCGUCACGUGACGGGGCAGGGUCCAAUGAGCGCAGAGUGCUGUCUCCUGUUCACACUGAGACGGUCAGCAGGAAAAGCGGAGAAUAAAAGCGAUCGGAGAGGCAGAAAUGGCCUACAACACCCUCUGAGGACCCCGGAGACGCCGGAACCAAGUGUUUUUCUGCCGAUUCGACCCGAGGAUUUACCGAGUCCGGCUCCGAGGUGUACCCACUGGUUCAGGCCAUGGCCCUCACACUCUGAGAACGGCGCUGUGUCCGUGGAGUGGGGGGAGUACGCGCACCGUGAAGACUGUUCACGGAGAGGAAAAUGGUGGAUUAUUGUCAGUGAGUGAUUAAACGGUUGAAACAUCUGGAUCUGCUGACGUCCUGUUCGUGUGUUGGUAGGUAAGCUCCCUCACCCCUUCCCUUCCCUCCGCCUCAUCCCAACGACCUUCUGAUUUAUUUUAAAGCAAACAAACAAACAAAAAACCCUCCACGACCCUCCGUCAAAACUCCACUGGGAACAAUAAAUACUGGGAUUACUGGGGGAGAAAAUGGAUUACAACAGCGGCGGCGGGGGACCCAACGAGCUGCACAACAACCAGUUCUACCAGUGCGAGGAGAGCAAGCCCUUACUGGGGGAGAUGUCCGAGGGCAACAACAACACGAAGCUGGGCGCAGGGCCGUGCAGGAGGUCCCUGCACCACUGCAGCAGCAGCGGGAUGCGCUACAAGCUGCUGCACGAAGGGGACAUCCAGGUGUGCGUGGUCAAACACCCACGCACCUUCCUCAGCAAGCUGCUCACCUCCAAGUACCUGCGGAGGUGGGAGCCGCACCACUUGACCCUGACGGACAGCGGCCUCAGCUCGGCGACGCCCACCGGUUACAUGGAGACGACUUUGUCCUACAGCUCCAUAGAGGACCUGCAGCUCCUCUCCUGGGACAAUGCUCCCAAGUACUGCAUCCAGCUCAGCAUCCCUGGAGGCACCAUCCUGCUGCAGGCUGCCAACAGCUACCUGAGGGACCAGUGGUUUCACUCCCUGCAGUGGAAGAAAAAGAUCUACAAAUACCGUAAAGUCCUGAACAACCCGAGCCGCUGGGACGUGGUGCUGAAGGAGAUCCGAGCGCUGGUGGACAUGGCUCUGACCUCCCCGCUGCAGGACGAAUCCAUCCACCAGGCCCCGCUGCACAUCAUCUCCACCCUGCUGGCAGAGAACUCGAACCUGAGCGCUCAGGAUCACGAGAACAUCAUCGUGGCGAUUGCUCCGCUUUUGGAAAACAACCACCCGCCGCCCGACCUGUGCGAGUUUUUCUGUAAGCACUGUCGGGAGCGGCCGCGCUCCAUGGUUGUGAUCGAAGUUUUCACGCCUGUAGUCCAGAGAAUCCUCAAACACAACAUGGACUUUGGGAAGUGCCCUCGGCUUCGUCUCUUCACUCAGGAGUACAUUCUGGCUCUGAACGAGCUGAACGGCGGGAUGGAGGUGGUUAAGAAGUUUAUCCACAGCAUGCACGGUCCGACGGGGCAGUGCCCUCACCCCCGUGUGCUGCCCAACCUGGUGGCCGUCUGCCUGGCGGCCAUUUACUCCUGCUAUGAAGAGUUCAUCAACAGCAGAGACAACUCUCCCAGCCUGAAGGAGAUCAGGAACGGCUGCCAGCAGCAAAACGACCGCAAGCCGCCGAUGCCGCUCCGGCUGCUGCGACCAGAACCGCCGACGCCGCCUCCCUCCACCAUCCUGCCUCUCUCCAGCGCCCCCCAGCCGUCUCCACCCGCUAACCUGGCGGCUCCGUCCAUCCCCAUCUCCUCCCCGACGCCCUGCCUGCCGCUCUCCCCUCCGCCCUCCAUCGUCAACUCCAGCGAGAUCCUGGUGGAGCUGGAGCGGAACAACAACACGGCCAACGCCAAGCGGAAGGGCGGUCCUGCAGGGGGCGACAGCGAGCCCAACCUCAUCGACUGUCUGCUGGUCAGCCCGGCUGUGAACACGCUGUCCAUCCAGCUGCCGGCGCAGGCCGACCGAGUGCUGGGCUGCUUCGCCCUCAUCCUCAAGAUGCUGUCGGACUACGAUGACUGGAGACCGGCUCUGGCCAGUCUGCUGCAGCCCAUCCCGUUCCCGAAAGAAGCUCUGGCUCACUCCAAAUUCACAAAGGAGCUGAAAUACGUCAUCCAGAGGUUUGCAGAGGAUCCCAGGCAGGAGGUUCACUCCUGCCUGCUCAGCGUGCGCUCGGGCAAAGAUGGCUGGUUCCAGCUCUACAGCCCAGGGGGCGUGGCCUGUGAUGACGACGGCGAGCUGUUUGCUAGCAUGGUCCACAUCUUGAUGGGUUCCUGCUACAAAACAAAAAAGUUCCUCCUCUCUCUGGCGGAGAACAAGUUGGGUCCCUGCAUGCUGCUGGCCCUGCGAGGGAACCAGACCAUGGUCGAGAUUUUGUGUCUGAUGCUGGAGUACAACAUCAUCGAGAACAAAGACACACAGCUGCAGAUCAUCUCCACUCUGCAGAGCACGCAGGUGGGCUUUCGGAUGUACGAGCAGCUCUGCGACCGUCAGCGGGAGCUGAAGGAGCUGCAAAGAAAAGGAGGUCCCACCCGGCUGACUCUGCCCUCCAAGUCCACGGAUGCAGAUCUGGCCCGCCUGCUGAGUUCAGGCUCCUUCGGGAACUUGGAGAACUUGAGCCUGGCCUUCACCAACGUCACCAGUGCCUGUGCGGAGCAGCUCAUCAAGCUGCCGUCACUCAAACAGCUCAACCUCUGGUCCACUCAGUUCGGGGACGCAGGACUCAGGUUGUUAUCCGAGCAUCUGGCCUGCCUUCAGGUCCUGAACCUGUGUGAGACGCCGGUCACCGACGCCGGCCUGCUGGCUCUGAGCUCCAUGAAGAGCCUGUGCAGCCUGAACAUGAACAGCACCAAGCUCACAGCCGACACGUACGAAGACCUCAAGGCCAAACUGCCAAACCUGAAGGACGUUGAUGUCCGGUACACGGAGGCCUGGUGAUCCGCCACAGCCUCCUGCCCCAUCCACGAUCACACACACACACACACACACCCCACCAUCAACUGCAUCGACCCGAACCUCAGCGCCUCUCCGCCAGCCAGGUAUGGAGGAGAUUUCUUCAGCUUCAACCACUUCAGGGUGCAGCCGUGAAGGAAAGGUCAACAUUUCUCCGUGGACGUUUCAUCCCUCCUCCCUUCCACCCUUUUUUAAGGAUCUGUUUUAAUCAGACUGCACAGGGGCCACACACAUUUCAUCCGUCCUUGGCCCUAAAUGGUCUCUGAGUUUUGAGGCUCCCUGUGAUGAACGCUGGAGACGUUCAGGUGUUGUGUCCGAAACCGUUUUCCCUCUAAGAUGAGUUCCUCCCACCAGUUCUGACCUGAUGUAGCGUCAAUAACCUCAGGCUGCAUUCAAAUACAAUAUCGUAUUCUAGAUUAAAUACGAGUUUUAAUCUAGAUUAAAUGAACUUAAAAUCAGACAAUCAAAUUUUAAUAUCAUGAAAUACCACUAGACUUAAUCAGCACUUUCUAAAUAUUUAUCAUAUAUUUGUUUUCUUAAUAAUAAUUCAGAAAAGAUGGAGACAGAAAUCAAUUUUUUGUUAAACCCCCAUUACAUUACCAAUAAAACAAAAAGUAUUUUAAACGUUAUUUUCAAGAAGCCGUGACUCAAACUUAUUGAAUAUGGUUAUAUUGGAAAGGGUCAGGUUUAAGUUUUCUGUUUUGUAUCCAGAAGUUUAGAUUAUCAUGUUGAAUUUAAUUUUAUUACAUUUAUCUAAUAAAAUAAUGUAUAACACUGUUGAUAUCUGACCAGAUCUGGAGGGACACUGUCCCCUGUUAGCCCCCAUCUAGAACCACCCAUGGUCCAGAUGGACUUCAGCCCCUGAAUAAUUCUGCUUCUGGAUUUUUUUUGUCCAGGUUAUAAAAAUGCACAAUUUAGAAACUUGUCAUGAAAUUCUGGAUCAAGGUUAUGGGCCAAGCCGUGAAGAAAAGACAGCUUUUCUCCAGAUUAUUACACCACCAUGGGACAUUCAAGUCCACUCCUAAAACAGAUAAAAAAAAAAACAACUAAAUUUGUUUCACAGAAAUUAAAGUUCUUUUUUAUCUAUGAAUAUAAUAAUAAAUGUUAAACUGUUGCACUUUUAGCUUCAGUCGUAUUGAGAUAAAAUCACAGUAGGGCUGAGCAAUAUGGCCAAAAAUAAAAUCUGAUUUUUUAAAUCAGUUCCAGUUUUUGAUAAUAAUAGAUCUGUCUCACUUUUAAAAUAAAAAAAAAAAUAAGAAUAAUAAUAACAGAAAAUAUUUUCUAUCAUCUCUUCUGUGACUUAAUUCAGAGUCACAGAAUUAUUGGAGCUAGGCUAUAAAAAUGUAUUGUUUAAUUUUGAGAAUAUAGUCAUAAUAUCAGCAGAAUAAAGACACAAUUUUACCACAAUAAGUUACAAGAUUACACAAAAAAAGUUGUUUUAAUGAGAAAAAAAUCUUUUGGUUAUCGAAAUCUAAUGUAACCAGUUCAGCAAGUAUUUCCUUGAAACAGACGGUUUUUUGCACAAUCAUUUCAAAUUUUUGCUACUGGAUAAUUUGAUGACGGUCACCAUUCCUCAUUUUAAGUUUUUGUAUAGGAGUUAUAAAAUUACUACUUUCUUCUAACAUUAGGACUUUAUUAUGGCUAUAGUAUGGGUUUAUUCUCAUAUUACUUUGUCUUUAUUAUUAUACAGCUGUGUUCUUGUAAUAUUCUAGCUUUAUUCUCGUAAAUAAUUAAAAAACAAUCUUAGGUUGGCCCUAAGUUCAAAAUCUAAAUAAACUGAAGACUUGUCCAAACACGAUGGCGGCCCUGGGCGUACCAACAUCAAAAUCCAGAUUUUUUCAAAAAUGUAAUCUUCGAAAAACAAAAAAAUCUAUUAAUUGAUUACAUUUUAUCUAGAACCGCGUCUGGUGUAGAUUUAAUGGUGUUGAAUUUGCAUUUACUGGUGGAGAAACUCAUUUUGCAGCGGAAACUUUGCUCUGCACAAUAGCCGUUCGUCUCCGAACCGAUGUAGCUCCCUGAACGGACCGACCGAACUCUAUCGGAGUUUGGGCCUUUCAGUUUUUCCUAAAGAAAACAAACAAACUACUCCUAAUGUUCGUCACAUGGGAAAAAAAACAGAAUUUUUUAUGAUCUUGCACAUAUUUUUCCAGAUUUGGAAAUGGAUGCGUUCGUGUUCCGCUUGUUUUCGGGAGGGAAAACAUGGCGGCUGCUGUUUCUUUUUCUUUUCUUUUUCAUUUGUAUCCGGACGAAAGAGGAAAACCACUAAACCCCGAGUGACGUUAUGUUAAGUCCUCUCGGACAUUUUUUGGCUCUGGAAACAAACUGUUGUUGGACAAUUUUGCCAAAAAAAAAAAAACAACUUCUAUAGCCAACCAACUUCUGUCGACACUGUUCCGACUUUGAAGAGAGAAAACGAUCCGGACGGAUUCAUUCGUGUACAUAUUGGAUCGGAGCAGUUGUUUGCUACAUUCCCUCGGAACCAACGUUUUGAACUUUUUGUUCCCCUCCGGUAUCAAACACACGUCGGACGUCCUCUGUCUGGUUAAUUUAUUGGCGUCAACCUGCCGACCUCUCCCACAGGACAAGACGUUUUGUUUCCUAUUUAUUUAGUGCCAUCGAGGCUGUCUGUAUCGACCCGUAACGGUCCGAAAGGUUCGGUUCCGGUUGUCCUGUACAUACCGGUGUACAUAAUCGUCUUUUUGGAGUCCUUUACCUCCUCUUCAUCCCCUUUUUUCUUCUCUAAGCCUGAUUUCAGCUGCAGGCUUGUGUUGCCUUCAUCUUAACGUUUGUUUGUGGUUGUUUUCCUUGUUUUUUGUUUUAUUUUUUCACACAAAGUGCACUGUAAUCAUAAAAAAAGGAAAUGUUUUAAUGUAUAUUAUUUUAACGGUUUUCAGCUCUCCUGAUAAUUUAAUCACUUUAAUCAGUCUUGUUUUCUGUGUUGUUGUUACUCUAGGUUUUUUUUUUGUUUUUGUUUUUUUUGCACGUAUGCGUUGCUGCAUCAUCUUAUAUUUGUUUUAUAUAUAUAUAUAUAUAUAUAUAUAUAUAUAUAUAUAUAUAUAUAUAUAUAUAUAUAUAUAUUUAUGAGGUUUGUAAAAUCUGAUAAAAGGGGCGGGGAGUUUGAUCACUUAUCUCCCGAAAAUGAACGACUGAAACGGAGGGAUUUGAUCCCUCAAAAGGCCAGUUCAAGGGGGGUUGAUGAAAGCCGAUCUGACCGUAGCUGAGCUUUAUUCGUUUAAUGUGGCCAUUUUUUAUAUAAAACAAUAAUGAUAAUGCACAUAUUUCUCGUUUUUCUUAAAGAAUGUUGUUCAGAUAAUCAUAUCAGAGGUGAGACCCAGUGGUUCCACAUUAGCAGCUCGAAUUUUACUGCGUUAGCUCAUCCUUUAAUACUUUUUAACUUUCAUUGGAGCAGGUAAGAGGGAGGUGAAGAAAAGAAUGUUUAUUUAAUUCUUUAACUUUGCUGAUACAGCCAGGAGCCAGUUAGGUUGAAAGAUUAAAAAAGCGCAACAAAAUUAUCCUUAUACGUAGCUUUAAAUGCAACAUUUCAUGUAAUAUGAAGGUUUAACACAAAGUGGAAAUGCGUUUGGAAUUUUCUGUCUUAAUGUAGAGAACGGUUUAAGCAGAUUUUUAGAAAAAUUUGAUUUAAAAACACGCAAUUCCUGUUAUCCUGGCACUACCACAUUAUGACCAGCAGGGGGUGCUGAUUCCCCAGUAACGAGCUUUUAAAACACAGAGGGGAAUCGGUGGAAAUAAGGAGUCAUAAUCAAUAAAUUAGAAUAUUUAUUCACUCCAGCAACUCCAUAAUUAAGUGAAACACAUUAUAUAGACUAUUUGCACAAAGAUGAACAUUUUCAGGCCUUUAUUUGUGUUAAUUAUGAUGAUUUUUCUGCUUGCAGCUAAUGGAAACACAUUAAAUUCUGUGACAGUGCAUCAAACAAAUACAAAAACAAUUUAAAGACAAAAAUAUGCACUUAAUAUAACAUAUGGUUGAAUGUUAUUUUGGAAAUGUGAUAAGGUCACGUUUCAAUUACUUUAAUGUGAUUUCCCAGCAUAAUAGACAUAUGAAUGCUGCACUUUCUCACCUAACUGGCUCCUGGUUUUGGUUCCCAACAUGCAGGCAUGAGGCGGAUCUCCCAGAACCGUUCCUGUAAACAAGUGGGGCCUUCUGGGCCGCAGCGUGUCGAGGUUUCAGUGGUUGAAUAGAGACUCCUCUCUCCUGUUUCGUCUCUGUAUCCUGUGGAGCUUUGUCCUCAUUUCUUCUGCCAUCUGUUUUGUUAUUUUUAAUUAUUAUUGUAGCCAAUCUGUUAAGAGUUUCAACACACAUCUGUGUCAAAUCUUAUCAGAUUGUGAGGAAGAAAAGCAGCCAGAUGUGGCACAACCUGAAAAAUCAGGCUGGACGUUUUUUGUUUGCAGCUGGAAAAGUGGCGCCCAUCACGUUUCUCUCUUUUUCAGUCGCAUUGAUCCGCUUUUUCUGCUGGGUUAUUAUUACUGUUAUCAAUUAUUAUUAUUAUUGCUGCUGCUGCUGUGUGGCUGUUGUAAUAAAAAUACAAAGGCUCUGACAGGAAAAAUAACUAUGAUGUGAAAUAAUUUCAAUCAAAAAUAAAAUGUCUGUGAAUAUGUUUCAGC